CCCUCUCUCUCUCUCUCACUCAUCAGUCUCCCAGUCACUCCUUUCGCUUCUGGCAAGCAUCCAUUCCUUAAAAUGCGCUCCUCACUCUCCUUUCUGGCCUUGAUGGCUAUCCGGGGCGUUCAAGCUGGUCUUGAUCUUAGCAGCUCAUCCAACGUCGCCGUGUACUGGGGCCAAAACUCCUACGGUGCCUCUUCUGGGGAUUUGGAACAGCAGGCUCUGACCUACUACUGCGACAAUGACGAUAUCGACGUCAUCCAACUCGCUUUCAUGUACGCCAUCGACGGCACAGGAGGCGUGCCCGAGCUCAACUUUGCCAACUCCGGCAACGACUGCAGCACGUUUGACGGAACGGACCUGCUCGACUGCCCGGCGAUCGGCGACGACAUCACCACCUGCCAGGCCAAGGGCACGACAAUCCUGCUGUCCAUCGGCGGCUCGACGUACAGCGAGGGCGGCUUCAGCAGCGAGGAGGACGCGGUGGCCGCCGCCCAGCUGGUCUGGGCGAUGUUCGGCCCCGUCAACUCCUCCUCGUCGGCGCACCGCCCCUUUGGCGACGCCGUGAUCGACGGCUUCGACUUUGACUUUGAAUCCACCGUCGACAACAUGGCCGCCUUUGCCAACGAGAUGCGCUCCCUCUUCGACCAAGACGACUCCAAGACCUACUAUCUCACCGCCGCGCCCCAGUGUCCCUACCCGGACGUCAACGACAACGCCAUGCUCGACGGCUCCGUCUACUUUGACGCCAUCUGGGUCCAGUUCUACAACAACUACUGCGGUCUGACCUCCUUCGAGGCCGGCGCCUCCACCCAGACCGACUUCAACUUUGAUACCUGGAAUACCUGGGCCACGGGCACCUCGCUCAACCCGGACGUCAAGGUCUUUGUCGGCGUUCCCGCAGACACCACCGCCGCUGGCUCCGGUUAUGUCGAUGCCUCGACUCUGGCCGAGAUUAUCGAUUUCGUCGCCGAUUAUAGCAACUUUGGCGGUAUCAUGAUGUGGGAUGUCACUCAGGCGUAUGCCAACACUGGAUUUCUCAGCGACACUGCCUCUUGUUUGGGCUCUUCUUCUUCUUCUUCUUCUUCUUCUUCUUCUUCUUCUUCUUCUUCUUCUUCUUCUGCCGCUGUCCCAUCGACUGCAACUGCUACUGCUGCUACGACUGCAACUGCAACUGCAACUGCUACUGCAGCUGCAGCUACAACUGCUAUCCCUACCACCCUGGUAACUUCCGCAACUACCAUGACCACAACCAUCGUUCAGACCUCGACCGUCACGAAGAUAUUCACCACGACGUCUAGCAUGUUUACGUCUAGCCCGACCAAGUCCUCCACCUACACAACCACCUCCCCUUCCUCGGUCGCAUCGUCUACCGCGGCUCCUGUCUCUGGCGGGACCUGCUCCACCGACGGCGCAUACGAGUGCAACGGAAGCAGCUUUGGGAUCUGCGUCGACGGCGAAUGGGUCAUGGAGACGUGUGCGUCUGGACUGAUCUGUGUCCAGGAGGGGGCGAACGACGUUUACUGUGAUUUCAAGGAAUACUAGAGUAUACUAGAGUAUAGUAAAAUAGUAUAGUAGGAUAGAUCUCCAAGUACGGAGUAUAGCUAGUAAUUAUGUCCAACACAAUAAAACACAAUAAUACAAAGUCACGCCGACGAGAAUAAGCUCCUCUCUCGCCAAGGGAUC